AUGCCUGAGAUACUUAAUACUAUACCGCCGCUAUCAUUGACCAUUGAGAAUCUAAGCGAAACGGAUGGUAUCGCCACCGAUCGCUCGACCACUCCAGGUAGCGCUACGCCUAGUACAAGUGGUAGCCGGAGACCUUCCCUUGAGCGCAUGACUAAACGGAAUCCACAUCAAGCGAGCAGCGCGCAGAAUAAGAAGACACGCAGAUCUAUUUUUCGGCGGAAUCAGAAGAAGGCGCCAUUAAAAGUUGGUUCACCACAAAAGUGCACGACUGCCAUCUGUCAGAAAUCUCAAAUUCCUCGUGCCUUGUUGCUCACGCGGUCCUCGUCGUCAGCAUCGCUUAUCACCAACGUUUCGCGCAAUAUAUCAGCAGAGUCAAAUGCCAAAGAAGAUAAAGUUGAGAGCAAGACUUUAAAACCAGUCGCUGCAAACGCUUUUGAUGUACAGCCACCACACACCACCGCUGAUAACUUGGUCGUAGCCCACCAAUACAGCGGCAGCAAUAUUUUCACUAACAUCGACAUUGUAGCGACAACCUCAAAGACCCCCGCCACCCAGGUUUCUUUGCAACGACAGUAUACAGCUGCCGUACUCAAUUUCCAAAUCCGUAAAUCUGUUACACAAAUGGAUUUGAAGCGCACACGACGUGACUACCUCAAGAACCGCCAAGUGCUAGCUUCGACGCAGUCACCAUCUAUAAGUGGACUCUCGCAGGGCUCCAGAGCUUUGAUGGCGAAUGAUAACAACGCCGAUAUAGCUGGCGUGAUGGGAGCCUCAAGUCAAUCAUCACUGGUGAACAAAAUUUUCGACCAAAACAGUUACUAUUACGUGAUACAGGAUCAAAAUUCUAAGGUUGCUGGCAUGCGCAUUUUCGCAACCAUUAUGCUGAACGCUUGGCGGAAACGCCGUGACGAGGUUAAACGUCUUAUGGAGGAAGUCAACGAUCUGAAGCGUGGUUCAAUAAAAGCCAAAAACCAAUUACACGUUUUCAAUACACUCUUUCGCGUUGAGCAAAAACGGAACGAUGAUCUCAGUCUUCAGUUGAAACGCUCUCUAGACGAUAUCAAUAAUACAAAAUCUUCUUGCGAGAGUCUCACCACUUCGCUUAUCAGUCUAAAGGCGGACAAAGCAUUGCUCGAACAGCAGAUUCAAAUAAAAGAACAGGAAUUUGAUGGUAUCAAUGCGAUACUAACCCAGACUAAAUCCAAUUUAUUUAAAGCUAUGACCCAACAACGAGAGCUGCAGGCUAAUUUGUCUACCGAGCAACGCAAGGUGCAGGCGUUAGAAGCACAGAAAAAUGAGUUGAUUAACGAGAUUUGCGAAAUUAACAACAAAUCAUUGUGGAAGGAGGAGAAACUACGGACUGAGAUGAAAGAGAAAGAUGAUGCUGUGGCAAUGGCGUUGACUAAGAUCGAGUCACUCGAAUUAGAGAUCUCUGCGCAGAGACAAAAAACACAAGUUUUGGAAAGCUGUUUAGAAGUGGAGAUCACUUUGCGGAAGGAGGUAACCAGCCUUACGCGAGAAGUGGAAACUUUGCAAAAGUGUUUAGCUGCUACCCUAGGCAACCGUCUGCGUACCUGUUGGAACAGCUCAGUCGCAUACCAACGCGCUACAUUGCAAGUGCUACAUUGGAUUGCUUAUUGUACAUUGCCUGCAACGCCACCACCAAAAAUCACCACGUUCCCCUUUGGGCUUACCCUCGAGAAAGCGCUCAGUAUUAUCAGACGUUAGACUCGGCAGUUUGGUUGGCCAUAGCGAGUUGUAUUUGAAGCAAUCAACUAACUGUUUUACUUUUAGUUACAGUAAUUUAAUUUAUUUCAAUAUUUUAUAUCUUCAGUUUUGCAUCAAAGCGGCGGAGGCUUGUGGUAAAACGGAAGAAUUUUGUAUGUACAUAAAUAAAUUGAAAUAUUAAAAAUAAAUUAUUAAAAUACUAUAAAUUACCGGACUGGUUAA